CGUCGGCAAGCAAGAUGGCGGCGAUGACGAGAGGCUCUUCCGCGGUGUUCAGGAGAUUGCUGAUCCAGCAGUACCGCCGGCGAUGUUUACGUGUGCAGGAGGUGCGCGGCCACGACGCACUCCGCUCACUCCCCGCCACGCUGGACAGGAAGUUGCCGACGUGCGGCGGGAGCUUCCGGAUGUUCGGCCGCGCACUGCACAUGUCUGCAGCACGUAGCGGCGCCGUGGUCCAGUUCAAACUGUCGGACAUCGGUGAGGGAAUCACGGAGGUGACAGUGAAGGAGUGGUACGUGAAGGAGGGAGACAAAGUGUCUCAAUUCGACAGCAUCUGCGAGGUGCAAAGCGACAAGGCGUCCGUCACCAUCACCAGCCGAUACGACGGCGUCAUCACAAAACUUUACUACCGCGCAGACGACGUCGCCCUGGUGGGGAAACCUUUGGUGGACAUCGAGACCGAGUCCGGUUCCGACGUGACACAGGAAGAAGACGUGGUGGAGACGCCCGCCAUGGCUCGGGAGGAACACACCCACCAGGAAAUCAAAGGACUCAAGAUCCAGGCCACGCCCGCCGUCAGACGCCUCGCCAUGGAGAACAAUAUCAAGCUGAGCGAGGUGGUGGGUUCGGGAAGGGACGGCCGCAUCCUGAAGGAAGACAUCCUCAACUUCCUGGCCAAGCAGACGGGAGCCAUCUUGCCCCCGAGCCCGUUCCAGGAGAUCCGGACCCCGCCCCCGCCCCCGCCCCCGGCCCUCGCCGUGCCCUCGCCCGCCCUCUGUCCGCCGCCCGCCGCACCACAGCGAGUCUUCGCUGGCAAAGACGUGACUGAGCCAAUCAAAGGCUUCCACAAGGCGAUGGCGAAGAGCAUGACGGCGGCGCUCAGCAUUCCUCACUUGGGACUGUGCGACCAAGUGGACCUCAGCCGCCUGGUGGCGCUGAGGGCCGAGCUAAAGGCAGACGCCCAAUGUCGCGGGGUCAAACUCAGCUACAUGCCCUUCUUCAUUAAGGCCACCUCCCUCUGCCUCAGCCACUUUCCCAUCCUCAACGCCUCAUUGGACGAAGGCUGUCAGAACAUCACGUACAAGGCGUCUCAUAACAUCGGCGUCGCCAUGGACACCGGCCUGGGUCUCCUGGUUCCCACUGUGAAGAACGUGCAGUUUCUCAGCAUCUUGGAAGUGGCGCAGGAACUCAACCGGCUUCAGGCGCUCGGCACCGCCGGCCAGCUGGGAACGGCGGACCUGAGCGGAGGAACAUUCAGCUUGUCCAACAUCGGAUCGAUCGGAGGGACGUACGCCAAGCCGGUCAUCCUUCCCCCUGAGGUCGCCAUCGGGGCUGUGGGCAAAGUCCAGGUCCUGCCGCGCUUCGACGCGUCCGGUCACGUGAUCCGCGCGCACAUCAUGAAUGUCAGCUGGUCGGCCGACCACCGCAUCGUGGACGGCGCCACCAUGUGUCGCUUCUCCAACAUGUGGCGAGAGUUCCUGCACAAUCCCGCCAGCAUGCUGCUGCACCUCAAGUGAGGAAGCCCCGCCUCCUUUCCUGGCUGCUCAGCAUCAUCAUCAUCAUCAUCAUCAUCAUCCGGAAGCGACUCAGUCUCCAUCGCCUUUUUUGACCGGCAAAAGAAAAGUAGUGCCUGAAAGGAGAGGUCGCCCUGCACUCUAGCCACGCCCACUCCCGGACAAUUGACACUGUCACUUGACAUGUUUUCCUGUUGCGUAAUUCUUUUUACUGUCUGUUACAACCUGCCAUUCGUGUGUUAAAAUCUGACAAAAAUAAUAAUCUCUGGUUGAACUUUGAAUAAAGUUGAUGUGCAUAAACAAGCAGUGGCGGUUGUUGGUCG